AUGACUGACCUCCACUCCAUCAACGGUUGGAGCCAGCAAUCCGUCGGAUUUUCUCCCGACGACGCUUCAUUCCAAUGGGACUUCACUCGCGCUCCUAGCCCACAAAACAUGGUCAGCCAUUACAACGAUCUCCUACAACGUGCGGCUGAUUUCUACGCCAGUCUCGACCAUUCGUUGGAGGGCAUUUCUUCAUCAAACUCGGACCGCUCGUGUCCAUCAUCGCCCCAGCGACGGAUAUCGUCGACCAGUACAGCGGUGACCCAGGUCGCCAAUUCCAUUCCUGAUAAAAUCGAGAGACGGCGCGAGCAGAAUCGCUCCUCGCAACGUGCAUAUCGCGAGCGCAAGGAACGUCGGCAGAAGGAGCUCGAAGAACAGAUUGCACAAUGGCAGCAAAAACAUCAGCUGCUGUGUCAGUCGUAUUCGCAACAAAGCAAGGAAGUCGCCCGGCUCCAGGCGCAGAUCAAACAGCUGAACGACGAAAUCUUCCAGCUUCAGUCCGGCUUGCCUGCUCUGUAUGGGUCGCUCGGCCAGUUUCCCCAGGAGUUUGAUCUGGUGCCAUUCUACGUCGCCCCCAGCGCAAGUCCCGAGGCCACGCCACAACCAUCGCCGGCUUCUCCAUCGCGGUCUUGCUCUUAG